GUGCAAGUCGACUACUGCAGAAGUCACAGCGUAAAUCGGGAAGGAGUGGACGUGCCUCUCUUCAGUUCGUGCACGACUCUUGACUCCGCAGUGCACUGCUGGAUAGCGCUCAGUACAGUCAGUCUGCGCCCGGACGCUUCACGCACACACCAGUGACCUGCCAAUGCGACGCAUCUCACUCUCAAAAGGUCUCGAACGCUACACCGCAGCGAAGAGCAUGGGGAAUUCACUGCGGACUCAUUGAUAAAGAAUUGCCACUGGAAUUAAAAUGAACAAUUCGUCCUGUAUGUUCCUUUGCAGUAUCCAUUUAGUAUAGUCUAUUUGUUUAUGACACUGUAGGAAACCGAAGCAUGGCGGGUACCUUAUCAUUGGUGAUGUUGUUUGGAGUGGUUGGGGUGUUGGUGGCUUCUAAGACGGAGCGGGCGGUGCAGGUGCCCUGUGACUCAGGCCAGUACACCAAGGGUGGAGAGUGCUGCGAGGUGUGCCCACCUGGAGAGGGGGUGGUGAGGAGGUGUGGUGCCAACCAGACCGUCUGUGCCCAGUGCCUAGACAGUGAGACCUACUCAGAGACCUACAGCCACACAGACACCUGUAUCCCCUGCACCAUGUGUACAGGCCUGAUGCGCAUGCAGACGCCCUGCACUGACUCCAACAAUGCCAUCUGCGUGUGUGACUACAACUACUACCUGAAUGAGGUGUCUGGGCGCUGUGAGCCCUGCACGGUGUGCCCGGCGGGCCAGGGCGUGUUGGCACACUGCGAGCACAACCACGACACUGUGUGUGAGGAGUGUAUAGACGACACCUACUCUGACCGGGACAGCUCCCUGGACCCCUGCCUGCCCUGCACCAUAUGUGAUGAGGGCAUCGAGGUGGAGCUGAGUGCCUGCACCCCCAUCAGCGACUCCCUCUGCCAUAAUCCUCUCCUCCCGUCCUACACUUCUCCCACCUUUCCCCUGGACCCGUCUUCCCCCUCUUUCACAGACAUCUUCCCACCAGACAGCUCCAGCAGCCCCUCCCCGGGGGGAGAGAGCACCACGGCCCAGCCCAGCCCUCACUUCAUCAGAACGGGCUUCAACGAGAACCUCAUCCCCAUCUACUGCUCCAUCCUGGCUGCUGUGGUGGUGGGGCUGGUGGCCUACAUCGUCUUCAAAAGGUGGAACAGCUGCAAGCAGAACAAACAGCCGGCUAACAACCACCAAGCCACAGCAGCCAAUCAAACGGUGACGCCGGAGGGGGAGAAGCUGCACAGCGACAGCGGCAUCUCAGUGGACAGCCAGAGUCUGCAGGAGCAGCAGCAUGCAGCCCAGGCCCAGACACAGACACACAGACAGGAACAGAUAGUGGUGAGGGUGGAUGGGGGACCUGACUCACCUCCCCCCCAGGUCUGAGGAAGAGGAGAAGCCGCUGACAGGAAGGAGGAGAGGGGGAAGUGGGGUUGCCAUGGAAACCUUGAUGUGGGAACGGACAUACAGUAUAAGAGUACAGACUGAGUGGGCUUCUUGGAUACAACAAGGAAGUUGACGACAUUAUCGCCCCUUUUCACCAAGGGUGGCCACUGGUUUCUGACUGGACUCUUGUCCCAGUAUGGACCCUUAUUGGACAGACUGGAGCAUCAGAGGCUGACCCAGUAUCUCUACACAGAACCCAACUCUGCCAGUGUGUCUUUGAACACUAAACCUCUCCGCCAGUACCAACCCUAACACCAACGCCAAACACCAACCCAAACCCAAACCCUAACACCAAACAACUGUCUGCCUCAAGUCACUAAAGUUGCAAUAUCACUACCACCCAUAAUCCAAGAAGCAUCACUGUGUUAGAUAUCCUGCUCUCCGUCUUUUCUGUCAGCUGGUGUUGACCAAUCAUUAUGAAAAGUGUGUUAGCAUGUUAUCCCAUGAAGGAGUUUCAUCCUGUGUCCCCAUAAGUUCACUGCCAACUUCCUUUGACCAUUUGCUAAAAUGAUUAUUCAUCCACCCCCUGAUUCCCCACUACUCACUCACAUCAUCAAAUGUUUGUGCCUCAGAGGUAGAUAGACCCUUGUCUGUACUCUCUCUCUCUCAGCGUGUAACUAUUUGUCCCCCUUUCCAUCCCUCCAUCUGUACCUAUCCUAGUGUGUUCUCAGGGCAAGUCCUGCAGUAGUCUCUCCGUCACACCCCCAGACUGUCUUCUCAGACCUCAGCAGUAGCAGCUUGUUGUAAUCCUCCAUGUGAACCUGUCUGAUAGUAUCCCACUGUUAUCUAUUCAACACAACUCAGUGGGGGAACUGUUAUGCUGCGUUUAGAUGGUACGAGGUAGACGGCGUCCGGAUGUCAUUGUUUUCAAUGAGAGCACGACGGUAAAUGCUGUGGAGGUCACGGUAGACGGGACAUGCCACCAGAGUUAAAAUAUUUAAACUUUUGUUGUCUGUCGUAGCGUUGUUUUCUACCAGAUGUUGAUUUGCACUGUUUGUUUACCGAAAUCACCAUAGCAACACAUACCAUCGUGCUGACUUGCUUUCUUCUUGUAUGACGGUUUCUGCGUCCCUCGUCUAAAUGCAGCAUUAGUCAUCCAUUCCAAAAUCUCCUAUCCUUUUUCUUUACCACAGACACAGACAUUCCUAAGGUGUACAGGGACUGACACAUGUGUGUUGUUGUUAGACUGUUGCCUCUGAUUACUGCUCUCCUAUUCUCAUUGGCUGUGGAUCAUUCCAUCAUUCUGUCACCGCAACAUGAUACACCAUCCCUCCUCUGUUUUCUGACACACUUGACUCCUUUCCUCCAUCCAACAUGGACUCCAGGAUUCUGUUGGAAUGAUUCAUGCUUUGAAUGUAACAGAUUCUAGAUGUUUCUCUCGUGUCUGUUUGUGGCGCAUCCGCCUCUCUUAGUGGUUUGAGUUACAAGGCCUCCUCAGCAGUGUAGCUCCAUUACCCCAGGAGCUGUGAUAUGCAAUAUGAGGAGCAAUUUGGGACUAUUUAACAUACCUGACUCAUUGACCUGACGCAUAAUGUGAUGUCCAACUGCCAAAAAUGGAACUGUGACAUCAUCAGAAAGAGAAUCUGCAGUAUCAGUAUUCGAGGCUGUUCCAUGGUAGCCUGACGAGAGUUGUCUCGAAAUAGUACACAGUUUAUAUACAAACACUGUAUAGUAGGUUAUACUCAAGACUCCCCUUAAUGAUCAAUUAUAUUGUACUUGCUCACUCGUCAGAGACUUCCGUCUCACUGAAAUAAACACAAGCACUUGCACACACACACUCACGUGUAGAUAUGUGUGUGUGCUAAAGAGUGUGCGGUGGCGCUAAUGUGUCUGCUGCGGUAUGGUAUGGUAGGGGUAUGGGUGUAAACACAGGGGCCAUUAGGGAGACAUUCCUGACAGGCAGGUAUAAUUACCUCAGGGUUUCAGGUUCAUUUAGCUUCACUCAGUCAGCUGGCUCUCAUCUAAAUCCCUCUGUUCUGUACUGCACAGAGACAUACAGAACGCUUUUAAAGUGGCAACAAUGUGACAUUACCAUUACUCACCUCUCAUGUGUCUGAGAGAGCAGUGACAUUUUACUGUAUCACAAUAGUGAUCUGAAGCAUACUGAAGCAUACGCAGCAUACUGAACACGCAGUAGGUAUUAGAUGUUAGCAAUGUAGCUACGUUUACUGUAACUGGACUGCUUUGAAGUCCAGGUUUGAUUCCCAGGGACAUGCGAAUACUCAGGGUCCCUUUGGUGUGGUUUGGUGCUUGAAUUUAGAUGUAGGUAGAUAGCAAAGUAGAGAUAUUAGCAGAGAUACUUUUGUGUGUGUGUGUGAGAGAGAGAUAGAGAUAGAUAGAGAGAGAGAGAGAGAGAGAGAGAGAGAGAGAGAGAGAGAGAGAGAGAGAGAGAGAGAGAGAGAGAGAGAGAGAGAGAGAGAGAGAGAGAGAGAGAGAGAGAGAGAGAGAGAGAGAGAGAGAGAGAGAGAGAGAGACAGAGACAGAGAGAAAGAGAGAGAGAGAGAGAGAAAGACAGAGAGAGAGACAGAGAGAGAGAUAAUCUGGCGUAGCAAAGAUACAGCAGGGAAGACGCUCUCAUAGUAGUGAGUUUUGAGGCUUUUGAAUAGAAAACAGACCAACACACCCAUACUAUAUUCCCCCUGGGGGCCUCUUUCUGCUUGUGACAUAUCCAGUGGCUUCACACACACAGUGUUUCACACAAUAUUAUUGACAGCAGUGUGAUUCAUAUUGCUCCACAAUGGAAGUGCAGUAGGACCCAGUGGACCAACAGAUUGGCAUAAUACCACUGACUGACAGGAGGGAUUGUCAUCAACGACUAGUGAACAACUGAACCUUUCACUGUGGCUGGCGGCCCCACGGGCCCAAUCUAACACUGUGCUGUCUCACAGGUGAAUAGAGGUGUCAAUAUAGUAUCUACAGUAUGACUCAAUCUGUACUGUUCCUCCACAGCAGGGGACACUGGUAGAGUGAAUGAAGAUCAUAUAAGAAUGUAAAGCUGAAUAACGUUACAGACAUAAAUAUGCAAAACAUUCAAUGUUCUUCUAUUGUUUUUGUUAUGAAUAUUAUUCUCUUUUUUGAAAUCAGUAUUUCUUUGUAAACGGUUUCUUGUUUUAGCACUUAUUAGAUGUAAUAGGCAACUCAAAGACUGUGCUAUACAAGUGCCUGUGUACAGAGUCAGGUGUCUUUGAGUUCUGUUCAGAACACUUUCUGUUCUUCUUCUUCUUCUGUUUUUAUUCUCACUUGUUGUAUGAUCUGUGUUUUGUUUCAUGUGAGUGUUAAUGAAGGUUUCAGGAAGUAUAGGCCAUAGGUUCAAACGUACUACUAAUGUUGUUGAAAUCCAUAUAGCAUCAUCUACGUACAUGCCUUCUGCUGUGGUCCUAUUUUACCGACCACAAUAUACUCUACCUACAGUGCAAAAGUGGCAAUAUGUGAUGAGCAUGACCAGUAUGUUUUUACAUGUUCAGUUUGUCCAGAGGUUGUGGACAGACAUGCCAUGUAUGAGGAGGAUUCACUGUGAUUCUCUAUGGUAAUAUCCAAGAUAUAGUAAAUCCACACAGAAAUUUCAGACCCCUCCCCCCAAAAGCUGAAUGUUCCAUGUACUUACCUACUAGUGUAAAAUGCAUUGUGUAAAUGUGAAUUUCUUAGAGUUGUUACAAUAUAUAAAUACACUAUCAAAUUGAAAAAGCAAACAAAUUAAUUAUCUUAUAGAAUAAAAACAAAUGUAAUUGCA